GUGCGCUUGGCACGGUUACUGCGUAACUAACUAUUUAUUUAGCCUUGGCUGGCUUUAGCCUUGGCUGGCCUGGUCCUUUCCCCGGCAGCAUCAGACCACUUCUGCUGAGUACCGUACCGUGCGGCCCAGAAAAUAUAAUAUUAUUACAGCAGGAAGUCAGGUCAGAAGACAACGUCAAGUUUUUUUUUUUCUUUUUCUUUUGCCUUUUCCCUUUUCCCGCCUCCAUUUUCCCUUGGAUGAACCCCCCGGCCCCACUGCUAUGAAAAGUGACGAACUCCGCCCGGGGAACCCACAAACACACGGCCACAGGCUCCGCUGAAGCCCGCCCACCCAGCGAUCGGCUCCUCCUCUCUGGCCAUGCGGGAUCAGGCAAUCCCGAGCGUUUGUCGACGGGUGUGAUGAUGAUGAUGAUGAGUGGCUCAAAGGCCAAUUCGCACAUGCACAUGUCCCAUACAAAAUUGAGUUGGAGCUUCGGAGUAACAUAAUUUCUAGGAGCCCGAGGCCAGCCUACACGUCCCUGUACAGUCCGAUCUAUCUACGGCGUAGGUGGGCAGACAGCAUCCGCCGAAAUAACUCUUCCUUUCGCAUAAUCUGCGUAGCCAGCUGCUGGAGCGCUGAGUCGGGUUUUUCAGACAGAGAUCGACUGCUUCGAAUCCCUAGAACUUAACGAAUAAUAUUUCAAGCGCGCUUUGUCUAGGCUCGGCAGACAGAAGGUUCUUGAGGCUGUCAAUUCCCGCACUGAGCACUUGACAAAAAACAGAGGGAAGGCUCUUAUGUAGUCUAUUUUUAGAGUGUAUAUGUACAGCGUAGGCGCCUAUCUUUACCCCCUUCUCUCUCUUUCAGGUGAGGAAUGAGAGGAGGGAGGAAGAACCUAACUCGAGUCACAGACCUAUUUACCUAUCUACAUGUAUAUGCCUAUCCAAGCGCCCGCUACCACUCCGAUUUUCUUUUUUUUCUUUUUUUUUUUUUUUUUUUCCCUUUGUGCGCGUGUAACCGGCCUGAUCAACAAACGGGUAUUGAAUCUGGCUCUUGCAAUCCUCAUUUGAAGAACAUGAAAGAUGGGAGCGUUACAAAGCCCUGUCUCAGGGUUACCGCAGAUGGGCCCGCUAUUAUUACAAGUGCGAUGGGUGCAGUGUUACGUACAUAGGUAGAUACAUGCCUAUGUAGGUAUCCAUGUUAGCCUUAUAAGAACAUCAAGCAGCAUGUCGAUUCCCUGUUGUUAUUUUCUUGGGGAUGAGGUUCUCUGCUGGUGGGACGAAAUGCUGAAGGUAUGGAUGUGUUGGAAGGAAUCAGGGUAUAUCAAAAUUGAAGCGGUUGAUGUAAAGUAAGAAGGAUCGCAAGGGGAUGAUGUUCUUGCUAACUCAAUAGGUUAGCUAAUUGGAUCUUCGUACUCCGUAGGGAAUAUACCAAUGAAUGCUUGGAUCGUAUUCAUGAAUAUUUUACUCAUGGUUUAUCCAUAGAUCCAACUCCCAACUCCCAACCUCAGUCUCCUGCUCAAGUCAAAAAUGUGGGAACCGGUGUCUCUCCCCUUCAAGAGCAACUCCCUGCCAGCCCAUCUCCCUCUACCUACUCCAGAGGAAAUCCGAUCCUGCCCUCACAUUCUAGGGCAGCGCAUGAACGCCAGGAUCGUCAAAGUAAAUGAUGAGAUUGUUGUCAAAUUUGGCGGCAGCAUCAGCGCCUGGGAAGGUCAGGCGUUGAUCUAUCUUGAACAACAUGUCCCUACCGUUCCCACCCCGCGACUGUAUGCGAUGUACUAUGACUCCGAUCAACUUUUCCUGGUCAUGCAGUGUGUUCCUGGCGUACCACUUGACUCUAUAUGGCCAUCGUUGACCGAGCCUGAAAAAGUUGGCAUGGCCACUAAACUCCGCCAGAUAUUUGAUGCCAUGCGGCAAGCUGAGUGUCCCUGGCCCAACUUUUUCGGAGGCUUGGAUGGUACCGGUAUCCAUCACAGCCUAUUCUACAGCCGCAAAAAUGGAGAUCAUACGUAUCUGGGCCCGUUCCAUGGUGGAGCUGCCUUUGCAGCGGGACUCGCGGGAAAUUUUCGAGCCUUGGCUGAGCGCAAUGGUCGACCGGACUUCAAGGUCCGCUUAUAUGAAACCCAGCUUCCGGGCAUGCUGCAAGAUUGCCGGCCAACAUUGACACAUGGGGACGUUCAGCAGAGUAACAUUAUGGUUGUCGAGUCGAGCCGCCAGAGUGGCCAAGGAGAUCGAUCAUUCGAUGUGGUGCUUGUGGACUGGGAGAAUGCAGGCUGGUGUCCUCAUUUCUGGGAAUUCUUUUGUGCAUCGUCGCUGUUUGAUACGCGCUACUGGGAAGAGGAGUGGUGCUUGCGGGUCCAAGAGUUUCUGCCAGUGUCUCUCCCAGAGUUGGCGGUAAUGCGCAUGCUUAACGAAGACAUGGGCCGAGGAUACUAAAAUGACAAUAAUGACAUAAAAAUAUACUCUCUCUACCUGGAUGCUUUCUCGCAACCCCUAUCUGCGUCGCCGCACUCAACCUGUAAUUCAUUUAAAGUAUGGACACGCUGCCGAUCAAUGCUGGAACUGUGUGCCCACCUAAUUCGCCCAUUCAGUACGCUUGAAGACGGGCCCAUAGCGCUCCCGAUUCUCCCCCGUCCAAUGAAAUUUUCAGCCACCCCCACAGUGCAUUAUAUCAACCUUGCAAUCCUCCUCGCGCAGAGAUCCAAGCGGAUGAAUAGAUGUUUCAGUGACGGUUAGAAGCUUCCAUCGAUCCUCAGGGCUUCUGCGAGCGACGUUACGUUACUGUUUCCUACUUUUCCCAGUGGACCAGACAAACCAACACGCAGCACGCAGUUUACCAUUAUCAGCCGACACCUGCCCCCCUAACUGUGCCUCCUUUGCGACAAUGCUUUUGUAGCGGGGACUCUUGGUGUACUCGCGGUGCCCUUGUGUGCUGUGGGCCUAACUGAUGGUCAUUGUGGCCCUCAGGAGCGCCGAACGCCAGCCAAGGAUGGAAAUGGAAAUAAUAGAUAGCACAACAAAGCGACGGUGCCCGUGGCUAUAUGUGUUAGUAUACUCCUACUCGUGUGCAGUAUAGCUCUGUGACCAGGAGGCAAGUGACUGCAUCGUAUCGUAUAGAAGCUAGGAACUUCCCCUGGGGGGGAGUGCAUGUUCAAAAUGGUGUGAUUGGAUGCCCAUCUUCAACUAUUGGCAUAUAUCAUGUAUCUUAGUAUUGGUACCGCCGGGUGGCUAUCAUAAGUUCUGCUUAGGUAAAGCUAGAAAAUAGAUAAUGUAUUCAAAUAAUCAUAACAGGUUGAUGCAUGGACAGGAGAGGGGGGUUUCCAUGAAGUUUGUAGAUUUAGUAGGGUACUUGACGUGUUAGGGUUUGAGAUGGGAGUGGUUGGACAUGUGGAGGACAGCAGUUUUCUGUAGGGAUAGAGCAAGAAUAUCCAAUUGCUUUCUUUGAAUCACAUUCAUAAAGAAUGGUUAUUUUAUUCUCAUCUAUAUUACUGUUCUUCUUGCCACACCAACCAAUAACUAGUUACUCCGUACUAAAGAUAAUAAUAAAAGUUACGACAACACCGCCAGCGGUGGGAACAACGACGGCAUAACAGAAAAAGCAAAUAAACAUUCCAACCAACCGCUCAAUUUAUAACAGUCAUCAUCAUGAGCAAUUGACCAAAUUGAUAUGGCACUUGCCGAUCUUAUUCCAAAAUCCUAUCAUAUUUAAGCAAAGUAAAUCCCCAGGUGAAGCCCUCACCCUAUGGAUAAUUUAACUUCUAUUUCUACCCCGGCUACCGCCAUGAAACCCAAUACUUAAUUAUUAUUGUUGGUGCAGCAGUGUAGCAGUUAUAAAAAAACAAUUACACCUCCACAACCAGUGAACGACUCAAGUCUACAACAAUUCGUCGUUCAAAUUAUUAUUACAAGAUACCUACGUAACCUACCUCUCUGUCCUGUGUAAAUACGCCCUUCCACCAUCCACGCGCUAGACAACCCUCCCUCCCGCCAACCAACACAUCCCUCUCCACCGCCCGCCAUCACUCUUG